AUGUUUACAGUAAACCUUCUACUUAUUACUCUACCCAUUAUCGCUGCCAUGGCAUUUCUUACACUUACUGAACGAAAGCUACUAGGCUAUAUACAACUACGCAAAGGACCUAAUAUUGUAGGCCCUUAUGGAUUACUACAGCCCUUUGCUGAUGCAAUAAAACUCUUUACCAAAGAACCCUUAAAACCUUCAACCUCCACCACCACCCUAUAUAUUAUUGCACCAGUCCUAGCCUUUUCCAUUGCCCUCCUCCUAUGAAUACCCCUACCUAUACCUAACCCCCUAAUUAAUCUAAACCUAGGACUCCUAUUCAUUCUAGCUACAUCUAGUCUAGCUGUUUAUUCUAUCUUAUGAUCAGGAUGAGCAUCAAACUCAAACUACGCAUUAAUCGGAGCACUACGAGCAGUUGCCCAAACAAUUUCAUAUGAAGUAACUCUCGCCAUCAUUAUACUAUCAGUUUUACUAAUAAGCGGCUCAUUCAGUCUCCAUGCACUUAUUACAACACAAGAGUAUACCUGACUUCUCCUACCAUCAUGACCCCUAGCCAUAAUAUGAUUCACCUCCACACUAGCAGAAACCAACCGAGCUCCUUUUGAUCUCACAGAAGGAGAAUCAGAAUUAGUGUCGGGCUUUAAUAUUGAAUAUGCUGCAGGCCCAUUUGCCCUAUUUUUCAUAGCCGAAUAUAUAAAUAUUAUUAUAAUAAAUGCCCUAACAGCUAUAAUUUUUCUAGGGACAUUAUAUCCCAUCCAUUCACCAGAACUAUUUACAACAUGCUUUGUUACAAAAACUCUCCUAUUAACCUCCUUAUUCCUAUGAAUUCGAGCAACCUACCCUCGAUUCCGCUAUGACCAACUUAUACAUUUACUAUGAAAGAAUUUUCUCCCUCUUACUCUAGCACUCCUCAUAUGACACAUCUCAACCCCCAUUAUAAUCUCUGGCAUCCCCCCUCAAAACU